AUGGCGAAAGGCAACGUCCUCGAUGGCGUUUUCGCUAACAGCCCUCUUCUUCUUCCUGCUGCAGCCAUCAACAAGCCCUACGGCAUGAGCUCCGCCCAGGUCAUCCGCGAUUGCCAGACGUAUUUCAACCCCUCCAACAUGUUUCGCCCCAUGAUGGAGGAGCAGACCGCCCAGAGAAUCCAGGAGUCCAACAGUGCCCAGCGCCGGCGGAAGAGGGACAAGCGCAGAAUCCAGGUCAAGCUCGGCCAUGGUGGCACUCUCGACCCUCUCGCAACCGGCGUCCUGAUCCUCGGUCUCGGGAAGGGGACAAAAGCCCUCAACCAGUUUCUGAACUGCACAAAGACGUACGAGACUGUCGUUGUCUUUGGCGCGAGCACCGAUACCUAUGACAGAUGCGGCGUCAUGUUGAAGCAGCGUCAGUACGAUCAUAUCACAAGGCCGAUGGUGGAAGAAGCCCUCAAGAGCUUCAGGGGAACCUAUCAGCAAAUGCCACCGCUGUAUUCUGCAUUGAAGAUGGAGGGCAAGCCUCUGUACGAAUAUGCACGGGAGGGCAAGCCCAUUCCGAGAGAGAUUGCUACCCGGGAGGUUACUUGCACCAAUAUGGAACUUGUUGAAUGGUACGAGCCAGGAACUCAUCACCACCACUGGCCGGGCGAAGAAGGCACUGCUGCAGAGAAGACUUAUGCCGAGCAGGUCUGGCGGAUCGAGAAGCUGCAGACCGAAGGCAAGAAACUCACCCCUGAGGAGAAUGAGGCCGAGAGCCAAGCUCUCGCGGCCCACGAAUCUUCCAAGCGCAAAUUCGAGGAGCGACAAGAUGAUCUCGUUUAUGACAAGCAGUCCAAGAGGAGAAAGCACAGUCAUGAGGCCCCCAUGAUGUCUGGUGCUUUGGGAGAGGUCCGCCCGCCCAAGGGUAAAGGCUCAGAUCUUAUCCCGCCCCUUAUUCCCAACACACCUCCUCCCUGGGAAGGCAAGGGUCCGCCGGCCGCCAAGUUCCGCAUGACAGUGACAUCCGGCUUCUACGUUCGAUCGUUUGCCCAUGAUCUUGGCAACAAGGUCGACUCGGCUGCCAUCAUGACAGAGCUCAUCCGCACCAGGCAGGGUCAAUUCACUCUCGAUGGCGAGAACUGCAUGGAGUACGACGAUCUUCUCAAAGGCGAGAGGGUUUGGGCCCCCAUGCUCGAGGGAAUGCUAUCACGUUGGAAUAACAAUCCAACCGUCGAUAGUGCUGCCACAGAUGCGGUCGGCUCUAGCUCUGCUGCACAUUCCGACGGGAGAGUCAAGGACGAGCCUGAGAACAUCCCAGAGUCGGUAGAAACGGACCCUGUUGAGGAAUCUGCCCCCAAGGAGGCUUCUUCAAAGAAUGUCAAGAAAGACGAUCAGCCUGAUCUACCGUCACAGACAACAGUUACCAGCCGACCUGCCGAGGUCGAAAAGGCCACUCCAUCUCAGGACACAUUAAAAGUCCCCGCGGAGGACGACAGCAAAUCAGCCAAGAAUGCGGAUGAGGAGUCGUGGGCCGGCUUUUCUGACGAUCCCACUCCUGUUCAGGAGGCAACGGCCUAG